AUGGAUGAUUGGAUAAAAGUGGUGGAAGAGAUCGAUGAGGAUGUAGUGGCACAUGAAGCGGAUACCUACUUGCAAAAUCCUUUGGAAUUAACAACCAAAGAUUCCUUUAUUGACAUCUUGUUGUGGUGGAAGCUUAAUGGUCCUAAGUACACCUCGUUGGCAGCAACUGCAAGGGAUAUUCUUGUCAUUCAAGGAGAUGACAUUUCCACCACUUUAGAAGAUGAACCUACUCCUGAAGAAUAUGAAUUUUAUGAGUGUUGA